AAGACCUGGUCGAUCCGCCCCCACUUGUGGUGCCCCAGAGGCUGGCAUUGAGGGUCAUGUCCGGGGAGGCCGAGGGCCUGACCGAGGCGGCCGCAUCUAUCGGAGAACCUGAGGAGCCAGCAGAGGGGGCCAUGGCAGCUCAGGAUUUGACCGAGCUGGCAGAGCAAGAUAUAGUGCAGCCGGCAGAGGAAGUCACAGAGGAAGCUGAGGUUCCUAAGGAGUGUAUAAUGUACUACAGUGAGGAAGUAACUCAAGAUAAGUAUGACAACUGGAAUGAUGACGUUGAAGAUGCUGACGGUGAAGGAGAGAAGGAAGAAGAGAAGAAAGCAGAGGAAGAAAACAAGGAAAAUGGAAAAGAAGAACCUUAAAGGACCAGGAUCCAGCAGAAGGCAGGACCAAAACAUGCAGGUAUUUGUAUAACCUUGA